CCAACUCACCAUGGCCAUCAGAUAGCAAACACCUCGUCCAAACUGCAUCAUGCGUCUAGUCAUAUGCGCUGCGUCUAGGCUGUCUCGCCCAGGGAUUGGCCAGGCUUUCACGGCUGCACCACCAGCUACCUUGCGCUACUCAUCCAACGCCUCAGCAGGGAACACAGAUAGCAUCUCGGCGGAAAUCACCUCGGCGGAAAGCACCACGGCAGAAAGCACCACGGCGGACGAGUUUGUUAAACAGGUUAUUGGUACACCCGCUGUCCUAGCCACAGGGAAUUCCAAGGGCAAGAAAUCGUCCUCGAACGUGGCCAAAGAGGCGAACCCACAGAAUGUGUUCAGAGUGGUUGCCGAACCGCCACGUUCAAUAAGGAAACAGGCCGAGGGACCAUCCUCGGGCGCCGUCAGGAAGGUGCAGAUGAAGAAAAUCUUCAGGAAGGUGAUGCUAGAUGACAAAGAGCCCGAGAACCCGUCCUCGAUUGUGGACAAACCGCUCCCGAUGCAGUCCAACGACACAAAAACUGCUUCGCCUUUGAUCAGGAAAGCACCUGUCCACGGCACUCAGCCAUGGAGACUCCCAAGCAAGCUGUGGCCAGAGAAGCCAGCAGCUGUCAUUUCACGCCGUGGACUCCUGAUACUUCGCGGACUUCCGCUAGAGACAACCCUAAGAGACAUCAUCCUGGCGAUCGACCACGCCGCCCGCAAUCGCCAGGUUUCCCGGCUCGAAGCUCUCGUAGCAGAUAUCGCGAUCAAAACUAGCGUGGACAAAUCAACCGAGGUAGACGCCGUUGUCGAGUUCAAGCAUCCAGAUAGCGCGAUGCGCUUCCGAGGCCUGGUCAGCAAAGGGGAGUUCAGAGUACGUGGUGUGCUGCCAACAGGACCGGCAUCCUUUUAUAACCCCAAGGACCCAUCCAAGUUACCACAGGCGUUCGAGGGCGACGGAAUCAUCGCCCGACUCUCCAAAGUAGACCGCGCGGAAUAUUUCACCUCGCCGGAACAGCGCAAGAUUGUACGGCGGACACAUCUAAUCUACAAUUAGAACUCCGGAUAUAACAAACCGGGGAUCGCCAACGGCGCCCCCCCUCCCCCCCCCCCCCCCAAAAAAAAAAAGAGUUUUGGAGGUGGCGCAAUCAAUAUCACGCCAGAAGGAGACGGAGCACGCCCUGGUCAGGGAACUCGGUGUGGACCAGCCAUGGGGCAAUCGUGCUCAAGGCAACUACAAGUGACCAGGUGCAAGGGGGACGGCUGGUGGGCUUCUGAGCCUUUGCCGAGUCAGGGACGGACGAUAACAAACAGGAGCAUGGGUAUGACCGGUGUGCUCUCAAAUGUUGGAAAUACCCAGGUAUGGGCCUAAUACGAUCCUAUCUCAUUUGCGCAUGCUUUCAAGAAUAGUCAGUAACCGGCAAUUAUAUUCACUGAGGCAUAUUAUAAAUCAAAUAUACACAAUGCUUAACGACCUAG